GGUGUCGCCACAGCUGGCCCCCUUGUUCGCGUUCCCUUUUUUUGUAUCUUUUCGAAGACGACACAUUUCCAACGAGAACAAGCCUUUGAGACGCUUAUAUCCCUCGAUCCCUUCAACUCAGCUUGUUUUAUACUGUUUACAAUCCACUCCGACCUGGUACUCUGCCAAAAUGCCGACCAUGUGGUUAUCAGAUUCCCAAAAGAUUGGGGUGGCCUUCUGCUCUGGUGGGGGCCUGUUCCUGAUCGGCGGCGUCGUGCUAUUCUUUGACCGGGCCAUGCUUGCGAUGGGAAAUAUCCUCUUCCUUAUCGGACUGACGAUCAUCAUCGGGCCGCAGAAGACGCUCCUCUUCUUCGCCCGGAAACAGAAGAUCAAGGGGACCCUGGCGUUCUUCGCCGGACUUGCCUUGAUCCUCUUGAGGUGGCCGCUGAUAGGCUUCUGUGUCGAGCUCUACGGAAUCAUGGUCCUGUUUGGCGACUUCCUCGGGACGAUCGCCAGCUUCGCUACCAACCUUCCCAUCGUGGGACCCUACAUCGGAAUGAUCGUUGAGCGGACAGGAUUGGGACGGCGAAAUGCUGAACUGCCUGUAUGAUGCUUCUGGACACUCUCGAGGGACCAUGGAAGUAAAGUGGGACGGCCGGAGCCUGGGCGCUGGUGCAAUUCGACGAUCGGUCUAGGGGGAGACUACAGUCUUUUGACCUUGAUAGACGGACGGUCGCUGUAACGGGAACGGCGUUGAUGGGGGAAACUAUACCCUUGUAAUUUGCGAGGCGCGGGCUUCAUGUGUAGGAUACAGCCAAAGAAUGGAAUAGAACCUUGUAAUAUAAUCAAAGCUCAGAAGAAGAGGUCGGAUAGACGCACUCUGUGCGGCUUCUAGUAGGGCAAUUCAACGCAUUCUAAAAGGUGGUCACAACAAACGGCUGUCCGGAGUGUGGUUAUGGAGAAGCCCUCAUCGGGAGAAUGGUCCUCGCCAUAGUAGCAACGGG